AGGGGGGGUGCCGGGGAGGAGCGGCGGACCUGCGCCAGGAGCGGGGGGAGGAGCCGAGCGGGCACCGCGGCGGGCGGCGGGCGUGCGGGCUGCGGCGGCGGCGGCCGCGGCUCCGAUCCGGCACCUCCUCUCACCACCUGGCGCGCGCGUGGGGACGGGUCCACAGCCCCUGGCCCGCCCUCCAACCCCCAUGGGCUGCCGCCCGCCGCCUCGGCUGCCACCCAGGAGCCGGCAGGGAUAAGCGCCGGACCCACAGGUCACCAUGUCAGGAGACUACGAAGAUGACCUCUGCCGACGGGCACUCAUCCUGGUCUCAGACCUCUGUGCCCGGGUCCGAGAUGCCGACACGAGCGACAGGUGCCAGGAGUUCAACGACCUGCGAAUCCGGGGCUACCCCCGGGGCCCCGAUGCAGACAUCUCGGUGAGCCUGCUGUCAGUCAUCGUGACGUUCUGUGGCAUCGUCCUCCUGGGCGUCUCGCUCUUCGUGUCCUGGAAGCUGUGCUGGGUGCCCUGGCGGGACAAGGGCUCGGCCGUGGGCGGGGGCCCCCUGCGCAAAGAGCUAGGCCCUGGGGUCGGGCUGGCAGGCCUGGUAGGCGGCAGUGGGCACCACCUGGGGGCUGGCCUGGGUGGCCACCCUCUGCUGGGGGGCCCACACCACCAUGCCCACGCCGCCCACCACCCGCCCUUCGCGGAGCUGCUGGAGCCAGGCAGCCUGGGGGGCUCGGACGCCCCUGACCCCUCCUACUUGGACAUGGACUCCUACCCAGAGGCCGCGGCCGCUGCAGUGGCUGCUGGGGUCAAACCGAGCCAGACGUCUCCUGAGCUGCCCUCAGAGGGAGGGGCAGGCUCUGGGCUGCUCCUGCUGCCCCCUAGUGGUGGCGGUUUGCCCAGUGCCCAGUCACAUCAGCAGGUCACCAGCCUGGCGCCCACCACCAGGUACCCAGCCCUGCCUCGGCCCCUCACCCAGCAGACCCUGACCACCCAGCCAGACCCGGGCAGUGAGGAGCGGCCACCCGCCCUGCCCUUACCCUUGCCGGGCGGUGAAGAAAAGGCCAAGCUCAUCGGGCAGAUCAAGCCGGAGCUGUACCAGGGGACUGGCCCCGGCAGCUGGCGCGGCGGCGGGGCCCUGGGCUCCGGGGAGGCCGGCGCGGGCGCACCCUGCGGCCGCAUCAGCUUUGCCCUGCGGUACCUCUACGGCUCCGACCAGCUGGUGGUGCGGAUCCUGCAGGCCUUGGACCUCCCGGCCAAGGACUCCAACGGCUUCUCAGACCCCUACGUCAAGAUCUACCUGCUGCCUGACCGCAAGAAAAAGUUUCAGACCAAGGUGCACAGGAAGACCCUGAACCCCGUGUUCAAUGAGACGUUUCAGUUCGCGGUGCCCCUGGCCGAGCUGGCCCAGCGCAAGCUGCACUUCAGCGUCUAUGACUUCGACCGCUUCUCGCGGCACGACCUCAUCGGCCAGGUGGUGCUGGACAACCUCCUGGAGCUGGCGGAGCAGCCCCCGGACCGCCCGCUGUGGCGGGACAUCGUGGAGGGCGGCUCGGAAAAGGCGGAUCUUGGGGAGCUCAACUUCUCACUCUGCUACCUCCCCACGGCCGGGCGCCUCACCGUGACCAUCAUCAAAGCCUCUAACCUCAAAGCCAUGGACCUCACCGGCUUCUCGGACCCCUACGUGAAGGCCUCUCUGAUCAGCGAGGGGCGGCGCCUCAAGAAGCGGAAAACCUCCAUCAAGAAGAACACGCUGAACCCCACCUACAACGAGGCGCUGGUGUUCGACGUGGCCCCCGAGAGCGUGGAGAACGUGGGGCUCAGCAUCGCAGUGGUGGACUACGAUUGCAUCGGCCACAACGAGGUCAUCGGCGUGUGCCGCGUGGGCCCCGACGCCGCCGACCCGCACGGCCGCGAGCACUGGGCGGAGAUGCUGGCCAACCCCCGCAAGCCCGUGGAGCACUGGCACCAGCUGGUGGAGGAAAAGACUCUGACCAGCUUCACAAAAGGUGGCAAAGGAUUGUCAGAGAAAGAGAAUUCAGAGUGAGGGGUCUGGCCUAAGCCCGGGAUCGGACCAGGCCCCUCAGGACCCCAUUCCUUCCUGCCCGGACCAUGAACUCAUCUCCUCGAAGCCAUAACGUCCGA